AAUCACGUCACACAGGAGGAAGAACAACACAAGAUGGCGUCUGACGGAGAAUACGUUGUUUUGGUUAUUAUGGUUUCUAGGUCUUAAUUACAACGUACAUGUGCACAUGUGUGUCGUUUAACAGAGUAAACGUCGUUAUUAAUUGUUUGUAUGCGGAUACAUUAGUCUGAGUGCACUUAUACGUGCUAGCCUAGCCUGCUGGUUAGCUUAGCUUGUUAGCUGCUAACAAAGAGAGGCGGAAGUGAUCGACACAUCAAAGCAGAGAUCCAAUACGUCUGUGAAGAACAUCUUCACCCUGAGCAACAGAAGUGGAGCUUCAGGAUGUGGACGGAGGAGCCACAGCCCUCCCACAUUAAGAAGGAAGAGGGACACCCACGUAUCCCCCAUUUUAAAAAGGAAGAGGAGGACACACUGACACCCCUUUUUAAAGAAAAAUCGGUGGAUCCACUGACCCCUCACAGUCAAGAGGAAGAGGUGGAUCCACUGACCCCUCACAUUAAAGAGGAAGAGGAGGAACACAGCAUCAGUCAAGAAUGGUUGGAGAUGUUCCAUGUGAUUGUGAAGAGUGAAGAUGAUGAGGUCAAAGGUGAGAGUGAGGAGAGGGGAGGGGGGGAGCCUCCAAGCAGCAGCUCAACUCAACACAUGACAACAGAAGCUGAUGGAGACCACUGUGGAGGAUCACAAGCAGACAAGCUCUUAGCUCCACUAUCAGAUAGUGAGGACACAACGUCACACUCUCCUGACACUGAUGAUGAAGACUCUAAAGAUGAUAAGACAUGUCACACUGACAACACACACUUUACAUGUUCUCUCUGCGACAAAACUUUUAAAUCUCCUAGUAAAUUGAAAAGACACAUGAGAACACACACUGCAGAAAAACCCUUUUCAUGCUCAGAAUAUGGUACAGAUUUUAGACUUAAACAAAUGAUGAAAGACCACAUGAGAAUGCACACUGGAGAAAAACCUUUUUCAUGUUUAAUCUGUGGUAAAAAAUUUACUCUUAGGCAAAAUUUGAAAACACACAUGACAAUACACACUGGAGAAAAACCUUUUUCAUGUUCAAUCUGCGGUAAAGGUUUGACUCAUAGACAACAUUUGAAAGUACACAUGAGAGUACACACUGGAGAAAAACCUUUUUCCUGCUCAGAAUGUGGUAAAAGUUUUGUAUUGAAUGAACAUUUAAAAGUACACAUGAGAACACACACUGGAGAAAGACCUUUUACCUGCUCGGAAUGUGGUAAAAGUUUUGCAAUAAAUCAAACGUUAAAAGCACACAUGAGAAUACACACUGGAGAAAAACCCUUUUCCUGCUUAGAAUGUGGCAAAAGUUUUGUAAUAAAUGAAAGUUUAAAAGUACACAUGAGAACACACACUGGUGAUAAACCUUUUACAUGUUCAGUGUGUGGUAAAGGUUGUAUAGAAAGCCGACAAUUAAAAUUACACAUGAUAAAGCACUCUGGUGAAAAACCAUACUCUUGUUCAAGCUGCAACAAAAGCUUUCUUCAUCGACAAUCGUGUACAGUACACAUGAGAACACACACAGGUGAGAAAAUGUUGAGUUGCAGUGUGUGUGGUGAAAGAUUCUCUUCUAAGUACCAGUGUAAGAAACACAAGUGUGCUGGUGAGAACAGCAGCAGCAAAUGAAGAUGCAGGAUUUGAAAUAAACUGUCAAAACUUGAACUUUGACUUUCUAACAACAUCAGCACAUAUAACAUGUGUGACAUCAUUGUUGUGUGUGUAACACAAUCUUGUUAAUAUGAUUCUAACAUUUAUAGAUUAGACACUUCAGAUUAGUGCUUUUAUUUCAGUCAAGUACAUGAGUUAAUAUACACAUUUGUGUACUUUAAAAUGAACACAACAAUUUGACUGAAAAGGUGAGAAUAAACAAUACAUAAAAUAUGUUACAUACAAUAAACAUUUUAGGUGUAGAUAUUUAUAAUUCACUUUUAUACUUAUUCAUAAGUGUUUUGUAUAUGUUUUUUCGAACAAUGAAGUGUUACAUAUUUUGUUUUCUCAUUGUAGAUGAUUCCGUGGAUGAACUCCUUUAUAUGAUGUACAUAUUUGUUUUACAUGCGUUCAUAUCUUUGCUUUUGAGUACACAUAAAUCCCUCUUAGUUCAUAUUUACUGGUUCACAUCUGAAACAUCUUCUGGACCACUUCUGGAAGCAUAUUAUUAUUUACUUUAUACAUCAUUUGAACAGUUGUCUUUUAUACAAGAUCAUUUACUUUUAUAAUGUGUGACUUUAUGAAUCAUUUGUUGGGUCGCUAUAAUUCAUUCUUUUAAUUACAUUUAUUACUCUCUUGUGUAAUAUGAAUAUUGUUGUGUGAUUGUUUUAUAUGUAUGUCCCCAGACCUUUAUGCAAUAAACAAUGUAUGCUUCAACUAAA